UAUGUUGCAUUAAACAUGCUGAUGAAAGCAAUCGCUUUUGAUGAUCAAGCAGUGCAAAGGCACAGAGUUACAAUCUUGGAAUGUCUUAAGAUGCUUCUAUGCGGAAAAGAGCUCUUGAGCUUGUCUCUCUUUUGGCGAAUGAGAAUAAUGUCAAACAACUGA